AUGUCGGAUCCAGUCGCGGAUUUUUUAGCUCGCGAGCAGAAUUUGUUCGCUGAUUUUGAUGGAGCUCCGCCAGCUGGCGCUGCAGAUGUAGCUGCCGAACCACCAGCAGCCGCUCCGGCAUUGGAUGACGACUUUGGAGAUCUUCAAAUUGCUGGCGAUGAACCACCACCAGUUGUGCAUCCAACAGAUUCCGGAGUCGACUUGGAUGGACUUAUGGACGAUAAUGUGGCCGCUGCUCCAGUUAUCGUUGAACCAGUCGUGCCAAUUCUGAAUGGAAAUCACGGUGGACCAGCAUCCGGUGGAAGCUCGAAAGGUCCAUCACCAAUUCUCUCAACAGUGCCCAGAAUCGAAGCUGAAAAGAUUCGGCUGUGGAAAGCACAACAAGAACAACUUCUUGCUCAAAAAGAUGCUGCCGAAGAGAAAAAGAAGGAUGAACUCCGUGCCAACGCAAAGAAAGAGCUCGAGGAGUGGUACAAGCAACGGGAGAAAACUCUUCAAUUGUCGCAUGAUGAAAAUCUAAAGAACGAAAAAGCCAAUCAAGAGCUCUUCGCCAAGCAACAAGACGGUGAUGCUCAAUGGGAAACGGUUAACAAACUGGUCGAACAGCAAAAAUCGAAGAGCGGAAGAGAUCUCAGCCGUCUGAAGACGUUGCUUUCUGGUCUCAAACACGCUGGAAAAUAA